GAUGAGCAUGCACCUGCGCUAGGGUCCGAGGGAGGUAUUCGGGAAGCUUUAGGGAGAUACCGAGCAGUGCUAGACAAGUACCGAAGACGCCGACUAUUACCGAACACGGUCGGUCCCUACCCGACCGACGACAAGCCACCGAAGGACGUUCGGCAGCACUUGGGUCAGUUCGCCCACACUUCACGUACUUACCAGGACCACACAGGAGUGUUACGAUAA